CCCGCCUCGCGGCACGUGCCGCCCGACAGGCCGAGGCCCAGCGCCGCCCGCCCGUCCCUCGCUGUGCCCUCCGCUGCCGCCCAGGCCUGCCUCCAGCUCCUUCCGUGAGCCAGCUUCCUCUGCCGUGUUCGGGGGCUGCGUCAGUGAGAGGGGUACCCCCUCCAACCCCUCCGCCCCCCGAUUGCCCCCCGGCCGCUGGCGGGUUUACUGGAGUUGCAGGGAGAUGUGAGGUUCCUGCCCACUCCCCGGGAGCGUUUUUACGAGCAUCUGGGGCUCGCUGCUGCAUUUCCACAUCUCACAGCCACUUCCACAGCUGGGAUGCCGCUAUGGGCUAUGGAGCGAGGAGGAGAUGAGCCUCCUGCUGUGACUUUCCAGAGCUGGACAUAGCAUGGAGGCAAAGGUGAUGCUGUGGAGACACAGCAUCCUGCUUCAGGGAUGGAUUUGGGGAGAUAUCCCAAGGAGAGAGCUUCUCAAGAGAUGCGCAAUUCCAUCCCAGGCCUGGGCAGGGUGAUGGUGUUCCUUGCAGCAGCCCUGGCAUCAGCCUCCUUUGCCAUCCCUGAAGACUGGGAAGAGGAAGGCGUGCAGUAUGGACAGCUGGGGACAGACGUGACCCUACCAUGCCCUGGUUUCCAUGCCAGCUCACCAGUGCGGUGGAGACGAGCCGGGGCCACGGCGCUGCCAGAGGGCUCAGCCAUCCAGCAGGGAUCCCUGGUGCUGCCGAGCGCCAGCCUGGCCUUCGUGGGAGCAUACAGCUGCCAUGGCGAGGAUGGUGGCCUCCUGCACACUGUGUCCCUGCGUCUGGGGCACCUGCCUGGAGUUCCCUUUGUGUCCUGCAGAGCAUCUGACUAUGAGAAUUUCUCUUGCUCCUGGACCUCCAGUGUGGAGACCUUCCUCCCCACCAGAUACAUCACCACAUACAGGAAGAAAUCCCUGACAGGUGAAGAAAAGAGGAGGAACAGGAAUGGGCACGUGGGGCUGUGCCUGCAGGAUCCGUCCCGCCCCGGCACCUGCACGGUCCACAGGUCAGAGUUCUGGAGCUCCUACCGCCUGAACAUCACCGAGGUGAACCCCUUGGGCUUCAGCUACCGCCUUCUUGAUGUCACCAUGCAGGCCAUCAUUAAGCCAGACCCUCCAGAGGACUUGGUGGUGGAGCCCAUCCCCUUAGCCCCACGGCGACUCCAUGUGAGCUGGAAGUACCCUUCCUCCUGGCCAAAGGAACCCCACUUCCAGCUAAGAUUUCGGCUCCAGUACCGACCCGUCAUCCACCGUUCCUGGUCUGUGGUAGAGACGGUGAAUCUGUCUGAGGUUAUCACAGAUGCCUUUGCUGGGCUGGAGCACGUGGUCCAAGUCAGUGCCAAGGAUUUCCUGGAUGCAGGGAAUUGGAGCGAGUGGAGUGCUGAAGCCCGGGCAACACCAGUCAGAGACCUGGCCUCCACAGCAAGUGAAGAAACCACUACAGAUGCCAGACUGGAGAGCCUGGCUGAGGAGUCCUCCCAGGCUCCCAACCCUGAGCCCAUCAAUCACAGUGACCCCUUGGAGAAGAUGGCUGUCCUGGUGUCCCUUGGGAUCUUUGCCUUCUUCAUCCUGGCUGCUGUUCUUGUCAUCACCAUCCUCAUCUGGGAGCACUGGCACUCCAGCCCCGAGGACACCACAGGAUACAGCAUGAAGCAUCCAUGAGCACUCGCUCCUGCAGAAACCUCAAUAAUGCAGUUGUUAACUAAAGUGGAAAUCAGAAAGGACUGAUGAUCCCUGUGGAAAAUCCAACCCAUCGAAAUGUAAACGGACCACUUGGGUAUCACCUUCACUCCUGGACUCUCGUCAGGGAGUGCUGACCAUGCCGCUGCCUUCCUGGAGACCUGACAGCCACGCGAGCUGCCAGGACAGCUACUCCCCAGGCUGUCUGGUGGUGGUCUGCCUUCCACCUCUGAGCUACAGAGCUGGAAAGGGCAAAGGGGGAAUUUCAGCAAAUUCCAGCUACAGCCAGUCCCUGGGGCUGGGAUCUGGGCUGGCUGCAUUCAUCUCAUUGGGAAAUACUGGGAAAGCAUUGCAGCUGCUUCAAUUCUUCUUGUAACACCCAGCUCAUGGCAGCCUCACACAGAUCCCGUCACAUUCCCAGUCCUGGUGAAGCACAAGGACUGAGGCCACAGCAGCCUAUGGGGCUCAGGGUCCCCUUGGAUCUCCUCUAGCUGAGUGAAUACAGCCAAUCUGGUUUAAAUGGAGAUAAGGGGGGGAAAUAGCAAGUCACAGUUUUGCCCAGAAGUAGCAAAGAUGAACCUGAGGAUCUCAUCCAGAAGGACUCAAAAGGUUCCAAUUCCUGCUCUUUCUCUAAUACUCACUGGCUUCAUUGUCACUGACGUUGAGGUCACCAUGAGUGAUGAGCAGCAGAUCCAAACACAUCUUCAGCUGUGUCUUGCUGUACACCCCUAGGCAAGCAACCAUCAUCUCCCAGAGUCCCCACAAAACACGUGUCCCUCAGCAUCACCUUUGGGUUGCAGUUUCCCAGGCAGAUGCUUCCUACAAGUAGCACCGAGAUGGCAGCGGCCAGGUGAGAUGUCCCCAGCCCUGACUUUCUGUCAUGGUCUGUCAGGGAAGUGAAUUUUCUCAGGAAGUUGGGGUCAAAAUAGUCAGUGGUCAGGUUUGGAUAUUGGCACUUGGAGUGACCACUAAAGGCAUGGACAUGCCUCUGAGAACGCAGUGGGUUAAAAGCAGAGAACUCCCAGGGGAACUGUCCCUGGUUCUGGUCAGUGUGGCGCUCAGACCUCCCCUGCCCAGCCCAGGCUGGCGGUGGAGGGACAGCCAUGAAGCCUGGGAGAGAUAGGCACGGGGUGUGAAGGGACUGGAACCAGAUCAGCCCCUGCGGACAGAAGGGUGGAGAAAAUCUGGGAUGUCUUUGCUCCCCCCGCCAGAGGGAGAAGGAGAGACAGAGACUCUGCCGGCAGAACCGGCAGAUGAGAAAGUGAAGCGGGGGUGGGGGAGGGCAGGGGGAAGUGCCCAGUCAUGGGAGUUGGAGUUCGGAGUUCUGGGCAGUCAAGAUUUCAGCCAUUCUGGGAGCCCAAGACUUUUAACCCUUUCCUGGGGAAAGAAAAGCUUUGCAAAUCUCUACUCCUCCUCGAUUUGAAAGAGAAGAGACAGUCUGGAUCUGAGAUGUUAGAAGAAGAAAUCCUAGGUGGGAGGAGAUGAUGGAGUGGCUUUGGAUGGACUUUUCUUGUAUAGCCAUAGGCUGAACCAGUUCCUCCUGCAACACAGAGACUGCAUUUUAGAUGUAUGCAAUGACUUGAGCUAAGAAAGUGCAGGAGUGGCAGUGACCUGCUUCAGCGACUGCAAGUGCAGGAGUGAAGUGAACAGAGGGAAGUUGAGGAGGGUGUGGUGAUGCCCUCUGUCUUCAAGAAAAAGAAGAUCUCUGUUCUCGAGACCCUCGGCACUACGGGAGGAGAAAAUGGGGGGACCGUUUUCCCGAAAAUGAGAAGCUGAACUGUUGUUCUUUUGGUCCUGGGCAAAGCAUGCUUAAAGGAGCCCUAUGAACAGUUUGUCCAUGCACGGUGGUGAGAGCACUGUGACAUGGAGAGGAGGGUGUCACACGGAAACACAUGGAAACACAAGAAGUGGCAAUUGUGUUUCUUGGGGGUCUGUGGUACAAGAGAGAUACCUCUCUCCCUUGAUGGACUGAAUAUUGAUUAUUUGAAGGGUGGUAACUUGAUCAGGAAUCUCGGGUGGUGUUUCACUGUGUUUUGGUGGAAAUUGGGUGGGGGGAGAAGGAAUGUUUUGGAGAGUUUUCAUUCUGGAUUCUGUGUGUGUCUUUUAUUAUAGUAGUAGGUUAAUAAAGUUUUUCCCCUUUGUUUUUAA